AUAGAGAUAAUCAACAUUAACGUAUCCCUAUCAUGUGUUACUUUAGGAGGGCACACUAUUGGGACUUCAGCAUGCCAAUUUUUCAGCUACAGACUAUACAACUACAGCAACACUGGUGCCCCUGACCCUGCCAUUGAUCCUGCAUUCCUUCCUCAACUCCAAUCGCUCUGCCCUCAAAAUGGUGAUGGUUCAAAGCGCAUCGCGCUUGACACUGGCAGCGUUGGCAAGUUCGACACGUCUUUUUUCACCAAUCUAGGAAAUGGUCGUGGAAUUCUUGAGUCUGAUCAGAAGUUAUGGACCGAUGCUUCGACAAAAACUUAUGUCCAACGGUACUUAGGUUUGAGAGGCUUGCUAGGGUUGGCUUUCGACGUGGAGUUUGGAAAGGCCAUGGUGAAGAUGGGCAACAUCGAGUUGAAGACUGGCACUAAUGGUGAAAUUCGGAAAGUGUGUUCUAAAAUUAAUUAAAAUGGAUAGGAUUUAAUUUUGCUAUAAGAGUUUGGAAAUUAAAUUAAUGUAUGUCACCAUGUUUUGUUCUUGCUCUCCAAAUUAGUUGGUCUAUUAGUGGGUUUGAUACCGAGUUAUUAUAAAAAUAAAUAAUAAAAAAUAAAUUAAAAAGAAAGGCGUAAGCUUGAUUAGGGUGUAGUGUAUUAAGCUUUGAAGAAAGCAAUACAUGAAAUUAGGUUUAUUAGUUUUUAUAUAUUGAUGAUUUCUCAAGUCUUGUAAUUUUUGGAUGAAAGAAAUAAAAUUUCAAUCUACUUUUUGUUAAUUGA